UUGUCAAGCGGUGAAAUAUAUUCUCCAUCACAAAAAUUGCUUAUAAAAGUGGAAAGGCAAAGGUCCAAGGUUUAGUCCCUUACAUAAUCGUAUUCCUCGCGAAUUCGAAGUUACAUUUAUGUAAAAUCGAAAGAGACAAGUGCUUAAAGAUCCAAACUACUCAAAAACUUGUGAAAUACACUCCUAAACUUAUAAUAAAUUGAAUAAAAAAAUGGCUACUACUACCAAAUCGCUUUCUGUGAAACUGAAACUGCCAAAUCGAGUGCAACCCGAGUUCAUACCGCAGCACGGCAGGGAAGGUCGUUACACCAAUAAGUUGCACUACUUCAAGAAGCACUUGCUGGACGAGGCUCGCAAGAAGAAGUACGCGUUGGACUUCUUGGAGCCCGUGGACACGGAGGCACUGAAGGUGCCCACAUACUACACGGUUAUCGACCGGCCCAUGGACAUCGGUACCAUUCUGAAACGAGUGCAGAACAACUACUAUAGAUCCAUCAAUGAGGCGAUUGCCGAUUUCAAACUCAUCAUUCGCAAUUGCUUCAUAUUCAAUCGCCCAGGCGAUGUGGUCUAUCGCAAGGGUCAGAUGCUGGAAAAGUUUUUUAUUCGCAAACUGAGAGCUUUGCCGGCUGGCCCCGAGGUACCCUGCAACAAGGAUCCCAAGGCGACGGGCAGAUCUCGGACGAAUGUCAGAAAGAUGGUCAGUUCCGCACAAACGGAACGCAAGUGCCGAGAUCUACUGAAGAAGUUGCAGAGCUUCACCAAUCAGUCGGACACCACGGCGCGCAACUUCUUCAACACCAAGUGGGAUUCGUUGCAAAAGAAGCUGGACAGGCAGUACUUUAAAUCCGUCCAUGACUUUUGCUUGCACGUGGAUGGCAUCUUCAGGAAGUACCACGAACCGGCUAAGGUCAUCUACGAACGAGCCUUCAAUCAGCCGGGAAUGUGGUGUGCCUCCAUGAACGCCAUGCCCAGCUCAUCGGUGCACUCAGCUUUGGAUAAAGCAGAUCUCGAUGAACUACUAGCAGCCGCCAAGUUAGCGGAAAGUGGCCUGGUGCAGUGCCUCCAACUGGGGGAUACCUGGGAGCCUCUGCGGGCCAAGAGCUUGGUGGAGAGUUUCAGUGGCACCUUAAGCAAGAUGAUUUCCAAACUGGAGGCAGGUCAUCAAACUUCUCGAAAGCCAUCAGCUAGCAAGCGACAGAACUUGAGCCCCAAACCGAGCAAGGACCUAAUCCAAGGGGAAUUCAAGCCAGCUAAGGAUCUGCUGAAUAGCACCGAAAUCGAUAACCUCAUGGCAGUGGGCACUGAGUCCUCGGAUGAUGAGAGCAUCGUUGCCGCAGCGGAAGUCACGGACGCGGACCGACGUGCCACCCAGAAACUAUUUGCCAAACUGCCGACGAACGCCAUGAAGGAGAUCAUUCACAUGGUGCAGCAAAUCGAGGGGUUUUCCUCGGAGGUCUGCGGCGAUCUGAGCUUCGAUGUCAAGGCUUUCGCCCCCGACACCAUGGUCCUGAUGAAGAGUGCCGUGACCAAGGCGAUGCGGGCCCACAGCAAGCUGAAUCUCAGGGACAUGCAGCCCUCGGAAAAGGAGGGACUGCAGCGCACCCUGCAAUCCCAGCUGGUGGAUAUUACACGGAUGCUCAACAAAAAUCGGCGCCGUUCUUGUGGUCCCUUGAUCAAUUUCAGGACUAAAAAUAAUACCACCAAAAACAUGGUACGCAAACGUCCAAUUGCUCCGCUGUCCGCCAAAUUGAAGCCGCCAGCGGGAAAUGUGGUGACUCCCAAGUUGGGAAUGGGUGUGGGUGAGAGUCGCAAUCUGAGCGAUAGCAGCGACGACUCCUCCGCAGCAAGGAGUCCCGUGAGGAAGCGGCCUGUUAGUGCCACUCCAACGAUGAAUCUCCCGAAGGUGGGUAAUCCGCCGCAGAAGAAACCCUUUGGAUCCCCAAAGUUGUCGGUCGCUGCCGAACUCCACAUGAGCAGCAGCAGCGAAUCGGACAAGAAGUCCAAGUCAGGCAGAUGUUCCAGGUCCAGGUCCAAGUCCCGAACCAAGUUAGGCACCAGGUCAAGCUCCAGCUCCAGCUCCAGUUCGAGCUCGAGCUCCAGCUCCAGCUCCAGCUCAAGUUCCAGCUCGAGUUCCAGCUCAUCUUCGAGCAGCAGCUCCGAUUCCAGCAGCGAUUCCUCCGAGGAUGAAGGAGGAAUCCCUCGUGCACCCGAAGGACAGCCGGGAAUGGCCAAGUCCGCUUAAGACAUCUACGUUUGCAUUUUAUAUCCAUCACAUU